AUGGUUCAAAAGCCAAAGACUGGUGAGGCUAGCCCAUCACAGCAUCCACCAAAGCAGUGGCUCAAGCGCAGCAGAGCAUUCUUCGAUGUACCUAAUCCGAAAAUCUUCACAAUCUUUCUCAUAAGUAGCUUUGCCACGUUUACCUCAGGCGUUGCUUUUGUUUUUGAAUGGAUAUUUCAUGGCAAGAACCAUACCGGAUUCCAAUGGAUCAUUUACUACGGUUUGGCCCUAAUCUUUCUUCCUAUUCUCAUCUUGCUCGGUCUUGGUAUCGUCAUUGCUGUUACAACCAGACAUGAGUCAAGGCAGGUUGCUAGCUCGGUCGUGGAAGAAGAAGUAAAUGUUGGUGAUUCUGCCGGUAAGGGUGGCAAUGAAGAAAAUGAUUAUGAUAAAAACUGUCAGAGUUUGGCUGUUGUGGUUGCUGAAGAUGAUAAAAAUCGCAGUGGGAGGACACUGGAGCAUAAAGCCUCGAAACUAAAACGCGCCGUUUCGUUCCCAUUGCAUAGUCAAGUUAGAUCAUGCCGAACUAGGUGAGUGUUCUAGUCAUCAUGGAUCCAUCCAUUCUCCAAAGGUAAAAUGUUUUCGUUAGUUUCGAUGAGAUUUAUCCGCGCUUCUGGUAACCUUCAUUUAUGUAAUGCGAG